ACGCUACUGAUGGCACACUCUGGGUGAUAACAGCUAUUAUCACCACAUGACAUAAACAUUAUUAGUCGCGCCCCGUGGGAUGUAGGGAAGCAUUCUUUGUCAAAAGGAUUCGAUGAUCUAGCACCAGCAUCAACUGUCACGUCAUGCCUCGCGCCAAGCGCUCCGCCAGCAUCGACGGCAUCAGAAUCAACCCUCACGUAACGUUCCGAAGCAAGUCGUCGAAUGGAAGGGCGUCGUCGUCGGAGGUGUUGGUGCAGAAGGGGAACCUGACGCCGCAAUCCUCAGUAGAGACUUCGUUGUCAGAGACGUCGCCACUUCUGCCCGACACAGUGACGAUAAGGCUGGGAAACGGGACUGUGAGGGAGUCGGAGAAACAGCUGCUGGAGGAAGAGCUAGACGACGACGUCUUCACGCCUUCAAAGCCGUUAACGAAGAAGGCCGUCUUCCAUCACAUCAAGGUCGCCGUCAUCCUUGUCCUCACUGUGGUGUGCAGUUUCUACAUCGCCGUGAACCACGAAACAGAGAAGGAGUGGCGUCAGUUUAGCGUGGAGCCGCUACAAAGAAAAGAGCUUGAGUUUGGGGAUGCGAGUGCCUCGUACCCCGUCGUCAGGGUGUCGCUUCAGGGACCCUUCCUGGAAGAGGAGGACGCUGAGGCGGAAGCGGAGGGGACGGGCGGGGUGGAGUCGACGGAGCCGAUGCAACUCCAACUAGAUAAUCAAACGUGGACGCUGCACGUGAAUGCCACCCAGAUCCAGGGCGGAGUCCCCGUGACACUGAACCACAUCUUCACAUGCCACAGUUUUCUUAGACCAUGUUCCGUGGACGUCAACAGCAGCUCAGACGCCACCAUCUCCUUCUUCUACUCCUACCAUCCUGUCGCCUCUGACCACGAGAACAACGUCAUCUACGCACUGGUCGUCCUCAUCCUCGUCUACGUCCUCAUCAUCCUAGAGCUGGUCCACAGAACCCUGGCCGCACUGCUUGGCUCCCUGGCCGCCGUGGCGGUGUUGGCUGCGCUCAAUGAACGCCCUACGAUGGAAACGAUUGUUAGCUGGAUAGACCGGGAGACUCUCGCCCUCCUGUUCGGCAUGAUGAUCCUCGUCGCCAUCUUCUCCGAGACGGGAUUCUUCGACUACUCGGCGCUGAAGGCUUACCAGCUUGCUAAGGGGAAGAUAUGGCCGCUCAUCACGCUGUUGUGCAUCUUUAGCGGUGUCGUCUCCGCUUUCCUCGACAACGUCACCACUAUACUUCUUCUUGCACCUGUCACCAUCAGACUAUGCGAGGUCCUCAACCUUGACCCGAAGCAGAUUCUCAUGGCGGAGGUACUGUUCUCGAAUAUCGGCGGGACGGCGACAGCAAUAGGCGACCCUCCUAACGUCAUCAUCGUGGGUGCUACAGCGAGUCAGGGUAUCACGUUCUCUGUUUUCACGAUGCACGCCGCGUUUGGCAUCAUUUUCGUCUCCGUCUUUGGCUACGGUUUUCUCCGCGUCUACUACCGCAAUAUCGAGAACCUCAAAAACCAGGAACCGCCCGAUGUCAUAGAACUGCGGCGUGAGAUCGAGCUGUGGCAGAAGACAGCGUUCCGUGUAGGGAUGCUGACGAGGGAGGAGAGUAUUGUGAAGGCCCUGAUACUGCAGAAGACGGCGGAGUUGGAGACCACGCUCAGCAGAACUCUCCUUAAACGGAGGUGGGAAUCCGACAUCACCAUCACCGACAUAAACAACGCAAGACGAAGAACAAGACUUCCUGUCCACGUAUCACGAUUUAAAGAAAAAGUACCGGAUUACCAACUUUCCCUCCUCAUCAAGAGCGGGUGUGUGCUGUUCGCCGUGGUGCUGCUUCUGUUUCUGCACUCAUUCAUACCCGCCUUGCACGUAGGCCUAGGUUGGAUUGCGAUCCUGGGGGCGCUGUGGCUGCUUGUCCUCGCCGACAUCUCAGACAUGGAGUCCAUCCUGCACAAAGUGGAGUGGUCCACUCUUCUCUUCUUCGCCGCGCUCUUCACGCUCAUGGAGGCAUUAGCAGAACUGGACCUCAUACAUACGAUCGGGACGGCCAUGAGUGACGUCAUCAAAUCCGUAGACGAGUCCAGGCUGUUGGCGGCUCUUGUCAUUAUCAUCUGGGUGUCUGCAUUGGCCUCCAGCUUCAUCGACAACAUUCCCUACACCACCGCCAUGGUACCGGUGUUGCAGCAGCUGAGUGAGGACAAAGAACUCAAUCUGCAGUUAGUUCCCCUGAUGCUGGCUUUGGCGUUCGGCGCAUGUCUGGGAGGCAACGGGACUCUUAUCGGAGCUUCUGCCAACGUGGUAUGUGCCGGCAUAGCAGAGCAGCACGGGUACGGCAUUUCCUUCAGAGAGUUUUUCAAAGUUGGAUUUCCAAUGAUGCUCGUUACUGUUGCCGUAGCAACAGUGUACAUGAUCGUCUGUCAUGUGUGGAUUGGCUGGAACACAUAGAUGUACACAGAUGUUCUGGUUUAGAUUGGAUGCUAAAUUUACUGCUGAACUUUGACGGCAGAGCUUGCCAGUCUAUUCCAAGAUGCCUGGGGUGAGUGGCCUGUACCACAACUAUCCACUUGGAAUCGGGAGCGGCUACUCUAGCUGGGACUGUACCACAGCUAUCCACUAGGACCUGGGAACGGCAUUCGAAAUAGCUACUGGCCCGCUAGCCAAAAUGCUGGCUGAUUGUGAAUCGGGCCAGUAAUAUAUCGUUAAAGUUAUCCAGACUGGCUAGCUGAAAAUCUCAGAUAAUUUGUUGUUUAUUUAAUGCACAUGAACAUGAUGAAGCCAAGUAUUAAGGUGUUAAAAGUCCGUCCGCAAAAGUUUCGUGAUAUUUAUUCUCUUGUCACACGAAGAUCGCUAUAUAAAAGAUGUUAAUAGCGUUGCGCAAAAGAGGUUAGGAGCCAUAACAAUACAAAUGUAACGUUUCACUUGAUUGGCCAAGGCUCUACUAGUAUCCAAUCAGCUUCGCUGUUGUCAAUUACCAAACAUCACACCAAUUCUGGCCGAUUUCCAUUUUGAUAUUGAUAUUUUGCUGGGCAGGUGAAGUAUGAUGUGGGCUAGCAACAUUUAACUAGCCCUCCUGGCCAGUGACUUUUCAAAAUUAUUCAUACACUGCUUGGGAGUGGCUACUGUAGCCUGACUGUACCAUAGCUAUCGACUAGGAUUUGUGUAGCUCUGUGUACUUUUUUACGGUGUGGGGGAUCAGCAGCUUCUGUAAAGGUGGAUGUAACUGUCUGGAAUCAUGAUACUAGGUGGGCAUGACCACGCUAUGUGCAUUCUUCCAGAGACCAGUGUUGUUCCACAUGAACUUUGUUAAUAUUACUAAGCACUUCCUUUGUUGACCUGGAACUUGCAUGAGCUACCACUCUUCCAGAAAGAUGACAGAGGAAUUCCGUCCCAGUUUGUAGGCUGGGUGCUCACCGUGCAUUACUGUGUUCUACAGGUCAUGCAGGAUGCUGUCAGGAUUUGGGUUGACCACCAUGUCUGUACUUCAACAAUACUGAAACCAAGACUAGAUACCAUAUAUUUUGCCUGCACCUCAGUUUGUACAUGAAGCACGGUAUGAAGAUCCACAUUCAGCCCUCAUCAAUCAGCUCUCUGUGCAUGAUUAGGGAAUUCAAAUGAUCGUUUCUUUCCACAUCAUAUCUGAUAUUUGAUACACCUUUAAUUAGUCAUGAUAUGAGCAUUACAUGAUGUCUCACUUGUUUUAGUUCAUGUUCAUAUUUAUUCAUAAAUGACAUGUACCACCAUCAGCAUCCAUAGUUCAUCAUCAGACAACUGAUCAACUGAAAUAAAAUAUCAUCGCUCUCA